AUGCAGGAAUACAUCUCAAAUAGAAAAAAAUUCUUCUUUUUUCGAUGAUAUUCUUGAUCAACAGCAUGGGCAGGCUCUAUUGCGCUCGGCUUGGCCACCAGUGCAGGCGUGAUCGUAACUCCACUGAUAAACCGGUUCGAGAAUCGUCCGGUCGGUGUCUUUGGGAUCCUUCUAGCAAGCAUAUCCUACUUCUCUACCUCGUUUAUCACGGAUUUCAGGCUCAUCUACUUCACAUACAGCGCUAGCUACGGCUUGGGUGUUGGAUUUUGUUCUCUGGCUUCAAUGGACCUCUUGCUUCGGUAUUUCCCAAGGAAGCACUGCUCACGAGCUACUCUUAUCACGUUGGUUGGGGCAAGUUCAGGUAUGCUUGCUCUUGGCCCUCUGACAUACACGUUGAUCGAGAACUGGGGUUGGCGUAAUAUGUUCCGUUUCCUUGGAGCUUUGAUGUUAAUCAUUGCACUUCCAGCCACGAUGACGUUUUCACGUCCCAAACCACAUCAAAAUGAACGCAUAGAAUGCGUAUCUGGGAAGAGAGUAACGGUUAAGAAUAUCAGGAAAAUAAGUCUUGAAAUUAUCUUUGGAAAUCCGGAAGAUGAAACACAGCUGAAUGAGGACAAAGUUCUUGAGCAAGGUAGAUCUCAUGUAUGUAUGACAGCAUUUGACAAUGCAGGGUUUUCCAUGGAAGGGGUAAACCACCGAAGAAAAUCAAGUCGAUAUAUACGUCUGUCAGGAUUCCAGAACAGCAUGGAUGCAGACACAGCUGAAGUGAUACUGGCAGAGGAACUGCGGAACAAUGCUCUCACAGCAGGAAAUAAUGAUGGGUGUCAAGUGCCAAGAAGUCCCAGUAAGUCAGGACCUUCUACUGACCUUCCGGGAGAAGGGAAUGUUGAUUUGCAACGACUGGGUCCAUCUUGCGGCGUUGUUCAUGAUUUAGUGCUGAACGAAGAGAAUGAGCAAUUACUUAACCAGCAAUCAAAGGCACAGACAAGUGAUCUUCAGAAGACAGCAGUCGUUGAGCCCGAAGUUUUGUCGAUUGAUAUGAUUGCUGAAGAUACUGUCGCGUCUUUCAAGACCAUCGACAUUUCAUCAAGUAUUCCGCGUAAUACCAUUACUGACUCUGACAUCAAACAUGUCGAAGACGUCAAAGAAGGAAAAGAAGACAUAUUUCCGCAUGUGGUGCAGCCGAAGAAUUUGGAAGUGGAAAAAGGACGAGGGUUUUUCCAAAGAUACAGAGCACUAUUCUAUCCUGAUCUUUGGCUCAUCUGCAUCUGCAUCACUGGUCUUCCAAUGAUGAACACAUUCUUUUAUGUUAAUAUGGGAGAUUUCCUUAUAUCGAGAGGUUUCGAACGCCACGUUAUCCCGUGGGUGGUCACAACGUUUGGGAUCUCCGAAUUGGUGGGUAAAAUUUUGUUGGCUGUUGUAGCUGAUCGUCUGCCCUUCCCCAAGAUCUUCAUCUAUAACUUCGCCUGCGCGGUCGGCAUGGUUGUCAUGGGCUGCCUGCUAGUAGUCAGAUCAGUCGCCCUUCUACUCUGCAUCGCAGUUGCAAUAGGAAUGAUAGUGAUGAUGGUGGCCAAUGCACUUUCUUACUCAAUCUGUAACCAAAUUUUCAAACCAGAAGAUGCCCUUCAAACAUGGACGGUUGUCAUGGUUACACAAGGAUUUGGAUACAUGCUGGGUGCCUUGUUUGGUCAGAGCAUCGACCGUACUGGUUCAUACAACUCUGCCAUUUAUUCCAGUAUUGGGAUAUACGCGCUCUGCGCUUUGGUUUGUACAGCGGUUCCACUUUAUCAGAAGUUCUUCGCGCCGGAGAGAUUUGUGAUGUUUGAAAACCAAGAUACAUGUAGAAGAAAACGGACAAUGAAGAAACGGUACAAACCAGAUGACCUUGUCAAUAUAGGGGAGAGUGGGGUAAAUAAGGCCAUGGGGGUGAAUAAGGCCACCUAUUAGUUUUUAGCUCACUGCUCGAGAAUGGUAGGGUCAAAUGGGUAUACUGUUUGUGUAGUAUUUGAGACAGUUCCUUUGAGCACAGAGAACGUCUCACAGCCCAAUGCACAUGGCCAGGAGGAGCACAAACCCAGCAGCACCUCAGAAUCAAAAUUUUUUGCCCCAACAGUCAACACUACGUGUUUAGAGUCCGAGGUGUGGGAGGUGGGGCCGUAAUAAGCCAAAUAUGUAGGUGAAGGUAAAACCGACAUCCGUGACAUCAAAAUAUCGCUGUACUUGUUUAUGGGUUCAAUUCAGGGAAUACUUGCCAAGGGUAUAUCGUUUUGUUUCCAAUACUUGUUAAGGGUAGGGUUUCACACGCCUAUACUUGCUAAGGGGUGCAAUUUCAGAAUAUGGAAAAUACUUGUUUAGGGUGCUUUUCGGGACCCCAUGGUCGCGCAUGGUAUCCACUCGUCAAUGGAAGUGCCCCCACCGGGUGGGAGAGAUAGAUAGAGAGAGAGAGAGAGCGAGGGGGGAGGGAGUUAGAGAGAGAGAGAUCGAGAGAGGGGGAGGGGAUCAUCCUGUCUUUACCCAACCCAUCCGUUCCCAACCACAUGAUAUUUUAAUCCAUAUCUGAUUAUAAAAAAAGUAAUUUUCUCAAAAUCUUUGAAACGAUCAUUAUAAACGCGGUGAUAUCAUUUGCAUACAAGACAGAGUUAAUUUCUUUACUUCCGAAUCCUAUUUUCGAUACUUCGGUCAUUCCUUAUAAUUUUAGUGAGCCCUUGAUUCAAUCGCUAUCACAAAGAAAGUUGGGUAAAAAAAUCCAAACCUGAACAGCGCCAUCUCAGAAUAACCGAACGAUAAUCUGAUAGAUAUCUCGCUCUCAUGUCAUUGUUAGAUGGUUUCAUGAACACUGUAAAAAAAAUAUUGGGUAAAAUUUAACCAGCACGAGGGACAUUAUGUAUCCAACCAAUUUGGGGCAGUAUUUUACCCAAUGUGGGAAGCAUAUUGUCUAGUAAGGUUUAAAGAAUAAGCAGCAAUUACUUUAGAAUUGUCAAAAUUUUCAUCACACUGGAUAAAUAAAUAUGCCCAAAAGAAAUGCCCAAUGUUGGUUGGACACAUUAUUACCCUCAUGGAGCAUUUUUAUCCAACAUUUUAUCAAAGUGAAGGCCGCACACCACCAAUUAUUACUCAAUAGGCUUAUUUAUUUUCAUAUAGAAAUACACAAUAUUUUUGUUUUAGGGCUAUUAAUCAAUUAUUCUCUUUUUAUUCAAGUCAACAUUUUGUAAUAAUGUGUGUGCAACUGUCCAGAUUGUGCGUUGGUGUGUUCUUGUUCCCCUUUAUAUCUCUUGAUUUUUAUCUGUAGACCAGGGGGGGGUUCAUGAAAGUUGUCAGCACUGACUAAAUUGUCGGUGCUGACAAUUUCAGUGAAAUCCUUGGUUUUGAUUGGCUGUGAGGCACUUGCCUCUGACUGUUACUAUGGCAACUGUCGGAGAAAGCCAACUUGUCAGUGCUGACAACUUUCAUGAAACGCUCCCCUGCGGUUCAAACUUGGCGCCUAGAUGUCAAACAGGGAUGUUGAUAUAGUUAACAAUUUAUUUAGAUUUGGAGCACACGAUAUCUAUAUUCUACUGCAUGCGCUAUGUAAGAUUCCUAAAACUAUUAUAUCAAUGAAAUAUAUGUGUUUUCAGUUUUGUUUUGAAGUUGAUGUUUACGGAUGGUGCUUUGCUGACUUCUCAUUGGGGGUAAGACAUUCACCACUGUAGAUCUCACAAGGGAUAAUAUAUUUUCAAAUCGAGAGUUAUAAAUCUCGAGAAUUACUAGGCCCAAUUAGUACUUUACAUUGCUCAUGUUGUCUGACAGUCCGGCUGACAGUAUAUUCAUAUAGAGUAACGGUCAUUGUGGUUUUGAUAAUUCUGUACACCAUUUUGUAUGGCACUGAUAUUUAUUUGUUAUCAUAUGUCAAAUUGACAAUUAAACAGU